AUGCGUCUCCAUGAUGUGGUCCUUAUUAUCAUAUCCAUCAUCACCAGCUGUGUUGUGAUCGUCGCAGGCGAUGCUUCCCUAUAUGCAAGACAAGCUGAUCAAGGCAGCACGACGACAUCUGCGAUCUCUUCUUCUGUUCUGUCGACUACAAACCCAUCAGCAACCAGCACGAGUGCUUCAUCCGCUUCUGAGGCCACAGUUUCAGCUACUGCGAGCGCUUCUACCACGGUAACUGACAGACAUCCGGAUAUUACAACUGGAACAGUUGCCCAAGCCACAGCAUUGGAAUAUCUUUCUGGCAUGACACUGACUGUUGCAGAUGCGGCCGAUGCCGAUGCUCUCCCGAUUCAGCCGAAGAUAACGCCGGCAUUGGGUGUGGCAGGUGUUAUCCUCAUCGUGCUUGGGUUGUGCUACAGUUUGAUUGGAAUCAAGAAUCAAUGGAUUCAUGUCUUCUUAUCUGCGGCAUUCUCGACUAGUUUGGCAGUGACGGUCCUGAUCGUCUAUGUAAUGAGUCCUCCGGUUCGCAAUGCCGUGCAAGGAGCAUACUUCGUGGCCGCUUUCUUCACAGGGGUCAUAUUCGGGGCUCUCUCUCUCGUCUUCAAGGAGCUGACCGAGGGACUGGGUUGCCUGCUAGGAGGAUUCUGUCUGAGCAUGUGGAUUCUUUGCCUGAAGGCAGGAGGUGUCAUCACCAGCUCUGGAGCCAAGGGCGGCUUUAUCGGAGCGUUCUGCGCCGCCGCGUACGCUUUGUCUUUCAGUUUGUAUACGAGGCCCUAUGCAUUGAUAGGGUCGACGGCAUUCGCCGGUGGUACUGCAACGGUGCUUGGAAUCGAUUGUUUCAGCCGGGCAGGAUUGAAGGAGUUUUGGUUGUAUAUAUGGGAUCUAAACGACAAUAUCUUCCCUUUGGACACUACGACAUAUCCCGUCACUCGGGGGAUCCGUGUGGAACUUGCGAUCAUCAUCAUUAUCUGCUUGAUGGGUCUGCUUUCACAAUUCAGGCUCUGGAGAGUGGUACGAGAAAGAAGAAAGAAGCAAGCUGCCUUGCUAAAGGAGGAACAGAGGAAGAAGGAUGAAGCUGAAGCGGAAAUGGGGAGAAGAUUUGAAGAGAAUAACAUGAGGGAACUGGCUCGUUGGGAAGCAAUAUACGGCAAUCGAGAAACUCGUCAACCAAAUUCUGGUGGGGACCCAGAGGAUCCAGAAAGUCCGCGAAAAUGCUCGACCGCAACGGAAGUCGCAGAGGCUCCAGGAGAUACAGUAGAAAUGAAGAAUCUGACUCAGUCUGGGCAUGAUUCGACGCAGCCGACGACGACUGACGAGACGGCUCACGAGAAAGAACCGAAGGGAGAUGCGACUGGCCCUCCCGACACGAAAGAUCCAGAGAACCCGUCAAUAGAGGCAACAGGGAAGGAAAAGUUGGUUCAAAAAGAGGGCCCCCAUCCCAUCCAGGAAGAAAAUCCGCCAGCCCAAACGGAUGCAUUGCCAGUUACGCCGGCACCAGUUGUGACGCCUCUCCCAUUCAAGGUUCCAGAUCUCUCAGACACUCCAAAGGAGGAAGACCGCCAUUCUGUGCAGGCGACUUGUGAUGAUGUCCUGUCUAUUGCGACACGGUUGUCCAAACGACUGUCGGGCAACACACUGUUGAGGCGACUGUCCAACAGGACCAGCAACUUGAUCUCGUCGUCGUCUGAAGAGAUGCUCGUGCCCAUCCGACUGGCCAGUCCAGCCACUUCCGUCCAAGGAAUUGUGGACGGCGAUGAAGAGUCUGAGUUUGACCUACAAACUACGGCCUGGGAACUCGAUGCGCUCGAGGGACAACAGCUACCGUCGGCAAGCUGCGUGGAAUCGAGGCAAGAAGGUCAUGAACAAGCUGAUUCUGCGCAAGAAGCUUCGGAUGUAACUCCGAAGGUUCCUGUGCAGAAUGACACAGUCCAAGAAGCUCCUUUAGGAAACGAUCAACCAUCAGAGAACCAUCAAGAAGUGGCCCAAGAGGAACAAAUCCUUCCACGAAAGACUUAUCAGCCAGAACCGUCGCACGAAGUGACAGAAGAACAGCAAGUCUCUGCACGAGAUGGUUCAACAUGUGGUCUCCAUGUGGAUUCCAUGAAACGAGGAGGCUUGGAGACCGUUCCCGAGAAGCGCCAGCGGCCAAUAAAUGCGGCUGCUCGUGUCUUGCCAGCUGGCCAGGUGUUUCCCUUGUCCCCCGUGACGAGCGUACCAUCCAAGUCCUUUGCGGACUCAGAUAAUGGGGGUUCAACUGUCAAAAAAUCACCCUCGUUAGGGUCCCGAUCCCAGACAAACACGGGAAGAAAGACAUCUCUCACCGCUGGGGCGGUAGAGAAACUACCUAGUCAUGUCUCCCCGGUCGUCACGUCCUACCGCACGAACGAAUGGGCAAAACAUCUGGCGGAGGCAGAGACUCCCGAAGUUGAACCAAUCCAACUGACGCAAGAUGACUCUGCUCAUAUGGGAGCCCAGGACACGGAAGUAGCGGCGCCUGUGAGAGUGGAGGAGUUGCAGCAAACCGCAAUGAAUGCACCACCACCACCUCCUCCUCCUGCUAGUGAAAGAUGUGUCUCUCUCCCGGAAGAGCCUGUGAGCCAUCCUGUCUAUCGAUCCUUGUCCAGCGCGUCCAGGUACGCUUCCCGUGACUCGUCGCGGAUAUAUUCACCCGGUGUGUAUGCCGAUGGUACGGCCACACAAGCAACUUCUCGCCUGGCUCGAGAGCCCGCAGCGCCCGGUUUAGCGCGCUCUUCACAGGCAUAUCCCGCUGCACAGCGAGGGUUACACGGUUCUCCAAGUGGUUUCUUCAACAACUCUCUCGCUUCAGCGCCGAUUCGUGAGAGCGAAGUAGCGAAUUUCCCAGAGACCCCAGCGGAUGAGCCGCCGUCUCUGAUGGCGCAGCGUGAGAGCAUGGUUCAAAGUCGCAUGUCGUCCGUGUCGUUGAGUCGGGAUUCCUGGCUUCCUCGGUCCUAUUCUCGGCUAUCCUUGGACGAUGGACGCCGGGAAAGCCAGCUGGGUGUGGUCCCUGAUGAUGACGACAUUCCCCUUGCUCAGCGCCGUGCGUGGCUGCAGCAGGGCGGCGCAGCCUCCCAUGGACGCAUGACGCCCGAUCCCAAGAUGGCGAUGCGCGAUCCGUAUCAAGCGAAUCGACCAUGGAGGGAGCCGAACCGGACCAAGUCCCAGAUGACGAUGGCCGCAUGGCGGCAGGCGCUUCGGGAGGAUCUGACGCAGUCCCGGACGCCGCUGGCGGACGUGACGAUGGCGCGAACCAGCAUGAUGGAGCAGCAGCGCAAGGCGCAGCUGGAGAAGCAGCAGCGGAAGAUGGCGUCGGAGUACAUCGACAAUUCGAUCGCGGAGAAGAUGCAGCGGGGCGAGAUGCGCGAUCUCCACCGGGAAGCGCUGCGCCGGAUGCAGGCGGCAGCGAAUCGCAAAGUCAUGGGAGGCGAGUGA